AUGUCUUCUGAGCAGAAGCAAGAGCAACCAAAGUCUGAGGCCCAGCAACCCACUGAGCAGACCACCACCGCACCAAAGAAUGCUGCAACAACCUCCAUACCAGACACAACUACAACAGAGCACGUCACUAUCGAGCCGAUCCAGUAUACGUAUACAAUGAAGCCAGACUUCUCGACGACGGCCUCGGCAUCGUCGGCACCAUCGCCCCAGUCGGCGCCGCCCAAUGGACCGCCAACAGACGUCGUGGAAAGCUCGGACAGCAAAUGCAAAGAUGUAGCGGUGCACCCGGGUCUUCCAGGUGUUCCGAAAAUGGACCCAGACUUGAUGGAACUCUGGGCUAAGAUCCAAGCGAAAGUGAGCGAAAUGGCGGCGCGAGAGAAUAAAACCGUCAAUGAAAACAUGGAACUAGUCGAUGUACAGGCGAAUCUCGAAGCAAAGCGGCCAAGUAAGAGAGACAAGGUUAAGAAGUGUUUUGAUGACACCUUGACUGUCAUUCAAAAGGUUGGCGGGUUCGUCGCAGAUGCCGCGUCGCAGGUCUUUGCGCCCGCAGCACAAUGCUAUAAUGCCAUCAGCUUCCUCAUCGACGCGUAUAAGGGCUACCAGGGUGCAUUCGAGGGGUUAAGUGAGCUUUUCGAAGAAUGUACAGAUUAUCUCAAUCGGCUGGAGUACUACGUCCGGGGAAAUAUGGAUGCAAAAUUGUCUAAACUGGCGGCCAUGCAAAUGGACUUGUUUGUUAGGGUCUGCGACAAGGCCCUGGAGCUUCGCUAUUCGUACGGCCCAAAAUUCAAGAUGGCGGUUAAGGUCAUGUUUCUGGCAGACGACGGUAUUCAGCCUUUCCUGGGAGAAAUGGCCGGCCUCGUCGAAAAAGAGCGAAAAUUGGUCCAAGCCCAGACCUUUCUAUCCUCCCGCGAGGCAGCCGAUGCGGCUCAGAAGAACUUGGAAUUGUCUAGGCGAGUGGAGAACGUUGUCACCGAUAUGCACGCAAGAGACAAGGAUGUCGACAGAGAAAACGCCAUCAAGCAGGCCCUAGGGCUUCCGAAAGAGCCAAUGACACCAUGGCGCCUCCGAUACCGUGAAUAUUUGAGUCUUAGACUGCCCAAGACAGGUCAGUGGGUCUUCAAUGAGCCAGCAUUUGCCAGCUGGGAGACAGGCCAAUCUGACGCCAACAUCCUUGCGAUCGAGGGAGGCAAUGGUACCGGCAAGAGCUUUCUGGCGUCGGCCAUCAUCCAGCAUUUCCUGCAUAAGAAAUCGGCCACAGAAACGGGACCUCGACUUUCUACUGCAUAUUAUUUCUUCGAGGGGGAAGCACGGGACGCUGUGAAGAAUGCAAACAAUCUGGAGACCGCGGCCAAAUCUAUUGUCUGGCAGCUCACCCAGGCUGAAAGAAACUACAAGAAGUCGGUUGCGAAGAUUUGUAGGGAGUCCCAAGAAAUCGACCCCUCCUCUAUUUCCAGUGAGCUCCUGUUUGAAAAUCCCGAUCUGCUCGAUAUGAAUGUCACAUUCUAUAUCGUCAUCGACGGCCUAAGCGGUAGAGUGGGAGAAGGCAUGCUUCGCUUUCUGAGACGGGCAUCCGCUGUAAAGGGUCAACAUGUCCGAGUACUCUUGACGGUCGACUCAGAGUGCUUCCAACACUUGGCGUCUUUUGAUGAUGUCACUCUCAAUUCCAUCCCGAUUAGCUCCAAAAGUCGACCAGACGUGGAAAUGGUCAUCCGGUCGAGAAUGGACUCCAUGCUUGCAUUGAGGAAAAGGAACCACCCCGAUAUUGUGGAUCUAAGGGCGAGAAUUUGCAGAGAGCUAUAUCAAGCAACUGACGGUGACUAUUUCCGAAUCAAUCUGGCUCUCGAUGAUAUCAGCAAGCGGCAAUACCCUUCCGGUAUCCUGAAUGCCCUCAAGAACGCAGGUGAUGGACGUACCACACAAAUUAAUAGGGAAAUACAAGAACUCAAUCACAACUGCUCUGAGACGGAGAUCUCCGAGAUUAAUGAAAUCAUUGUCUGGAUUCAAUGCUACCGCGAAUCAUUAUCGCAAAAUCUGAUGGCCGCCGCUCUGCAAGCCGCGGUCGGGGAAUCAUCCCUUUUGACUUUGGCGGAUAAGAUCAAGGAGAAAUACCCUCUGUUCAAAAUUACCAACAAAGGCGAGGUGGCUUUUCGGGCUCCCGAAGUUGAGGAAUCCAUCCCCGACAAGCAGCGAUCUUCUACGCAGGAACCAGACACCCCGGAGACAGCUGUUUCCCCGGGUGAGAUGGCCAUGGUCAAACAUUUCCUCUCAACAGUCUGUCCCCGGGAAACAUACGAAAAGUUAGACUUUGAGGGGUUCCUCAAUGACAAAAAGCAGGACCGGAAACCCCUAAUCUACAAACAUGGCUUGCAUAUCCAGGAGGCCAGAAUAGCCUUCACUUGCUUGCGGUUGAUCACAGGGGAGAUAGAGACACCAAGUGAAGAUCUCUUAUCGUAUGCGAAAACCAAAUUCCUGGAACAUCUCUCCGCCGUCAACUUGGCGCUCCUAGACAUUGAAUACAAGAAACGGUUUGGGCCUCUUCUGAUCAAACUGUUCACAAAUCAUACCUCUAUCGACAUCGCCCUGAACAUUAACGAGUUACCCGGAGAGUCGCUCACCCAACGCGAAAUUAUCCGUCAGUUGUGGUUCAAGGAUGAUACUACUACGCUCAUUCUUCGAUGGCUGGGUGACACAGCGGUGACGCUGGACAUUGACAAUGAGGCUCGUGAUUGGGUGACCAGUCUGCUUCAAAGCAAGGACCACCGAGAACUACUGCUGCCAGCUGCAAAGUGGAUGGCCACACAUCUGGUGCAAGAAUACCACUUCGUACCACUCAACUGGAGUGCUCAUAACUUUAUCGUGGCCUUCCUAGACAAGUUCGAACCCAGUGACGAAAAGUACGCCCUUGGCUCUGUGAAUGGAAUUGAACGGGUCGAGCGGUGGUGUGGGGAAGUGCUGAAAGCGCAGAAAGAUUCGCUGUGGCACACGCAAAUAGGUAGCACUCUUCAGGUCAAGAAACACAUGAAGAUGGCGGAGGACCGAUUCCGGCAAGCUUUGGCAUUGGAUCCAAAGAAUUGGAUGGCAUCUACCCUAUUGGCUAGUCGGGUCCAACCGCGUGAUGGACUUGCAAUUUUGAAGCCUGUCGCAACGAGUUUUGAGUCUAGCGGCCAAUGGAGACGAUCCCCACUCGAACGCGUGGGAUUUACCAAGAUGCUGUUUACUCUUGCGGAGCACAGCUGGCACGAAGAUCAGAUUGAUGCUGCCAGGGGCUUCUGGAUCAGGGCAGUGGAAGUCGAUACAGCUGACUACAGCCGUCUGUCUACGUGUUUGCAGUGCUAUGCCAAGAAAGAAAUGUGGUCAGAUAUCAUGCUGAUUCUGCGAAAGAUCGACGAGCACUCUACAGAGCAUCUGCACGUUCUCUCGGAAUUUCUGUCUUGGAGAGGUGGAAAAUCGUUCCCUCAUGCAGCGGCUUUGCAAGCGGCUCUUCAAACAGAACAGCUAGAAUUCCUCGUGUCGGCAUACGAGCGCUCAAUUGAACUCUCUGAUGAGCGUGGGGACCGCAUUACAUCGUGUCAGCUCUUGUACCAAUGCGGAAGAGUGACCCACGCGAUGCAGAACGGCUCGGCCAAGGCGGUUAAACUUUGGCGACGGGCCCUCGACGGUCAUGAUAUCUACUUCUUGGGAUUGCUCAUCAGCCUGAUAGCCCCGUAUUACCUGCAAAAGGCCGACGCGGCUGGAUCUGAUACCGAAUCCGUGUCGAAUUAUCUCAAAAAAAUCGAAACCCUUCUCCCUGUGGGCGUUCCGGAAAGCGAUAUUAUCAUCCCUCCAACGGUCUACAUUGCCCGGUACUACUGGAGAAAAGGCAACAAAGUCCAGGCGAAGCAGAUUGCUCGAGACAUAGUAAAACGGUGCUUAGAUAUCCUCUCUGAUGACGAUGAAGGAAACGACCUCCCGGCUUUCAAUCAGCUCUCGGCAGUGUUCGUCGCCUUUGGGGACCUGGAGAACGCGUUGGCAACUCGGGCACUUAUGGUAAUAAACUUUCCUAACGCGGAAGUCAUCUCUUGCGAUGGGGACUGCAACCGCAGCUGGGACAAGUCCGAGGAGGUGCAGUGGUGUCAAGAUUGUAUCGGGUCCAAUUAUGAGAAAGAGUGUGCUCAGAAGAUUGAGCAGAACUCGCUCCCAUUUGCAGUUUGUAAUAAGGAUCAUGAAUUUCUCCACGCUCCCCGAAUGGACGCGUCUGAAUACACAACGCCCGGGACGGUGCCGAGUGGAGAGGAGGUUAUCUCGUUUGAGGAGUGGCUGGGGCGUAUUGAGAGGGACUAUGUUAGCCUGGAGAACUGA